UGUUUUACACUUGGCAUUCUCUGCCUGUUGGCCUCAGAGACGGAUGCUGCAUUUCAUUUGGCCAAGAACAUUGUUUUGUCAAGCUGUAAAUGUCUGCCCAAAUCAAAGCAGGGAGUGGCCCAACAUGGGCAGUGACAUAAAUUGAGGACUCAAGGACAGAGAUGUUCAGUAGCUCAGAGAAGAGGUGUUUCAGGGAGUUUUGGUCCAUUCCAUGACAUAUGAAAAAGUUGAGUGAACAAGUAGAGAAUGGAUAGCAGGCCUGGAAAGAAGAAAGGUUGAAUACCUGACAACAAAAGCUAAAAAUAGUUUCAUCCGUGUUCUCCCUGUGGUACAAUCAAAGGGUGCUGACAAAUUUCAAAAUGCGCACACUCUGUCUGUUCCUGUUGUUGCUGUUCACGAUCCCCAUGUCAGAUGCAGCUGAACUGAAUAACGAUGUCUUGUCUUUCCUUGUUCUCCGUUUCCUCCAAGCAUCCGGGUACGUGUCACACGAUGAAAGUAGUGGACAUGUGGCCUUCCUGGUGGCUUUACCUGCUUCGCAAUGUGGAACACCUCAUGGACCUGUCCAUUUGAAACCCACCAACAUUCAUCUUAUUAUGCACAGUGUGAGGUCUUCCCUCAACUACCCAGGACAAAAUUACCUCGCUGCCUCCCCGAACAGCGGCAGUCGUUGCCCAGAAAGUAAAUUGCUGUACCCUGGCCAGAUCAAUGAGAACAGAAACGCGACUCAAAUUUUGCAAAAUCUGCUGAAUAACAGAACCCAGAACAAUGACCAACCGGUGGGCUGUAUCAUUCUCUAUACCACCUACAGCCCGUGCCUGGAUCACUGUUUCACGAACACAGGGAAUUGCGAAAUAAUUACUCCCUUGCAAAAUUCCCCAUUUCAGGACAUAUGGACUGAACCUCACAUUCACAAAUAUUUCGCCUUCAGCCAAAUAUAUGCAUCUGGUGAAGCUCCGAGACCAGAUCAGGAAAUAAGGGAUAAACUGGCUGCAGUGAGGAAUUUGGGGUUUCAUGUCAGAAGGUGUAAUAGAGUCGGCAGGACCAGAUGCACAGAAUGCUCUGCACCGGAAUAUUGCAUCUCCCAGGCGCCAACGAUCAAUGUCACAUAAUAAGGGAUCUGGGUGUUUCUGUGAAUGGCUGCCAGGCCGAUUCGAACACAUCUAUGAUAUUUUGCAUCAGUAUCAUAAUUCGAAUUUACCAACAUACGUUCAUAUCCUUUGUGCUUAUCACUGAAUGAAUCGAGCCGAUCAGCAACUCAAUAAAUUCAAGUGUCCCUCACAGUCAAAAUCGAUUCCAUGCAGAACUUCUCCUUCCUGUCUAUCAAGGCUUGUGCAAAAGCAACACAAUACUGUUCUGACAUUCUCCAUAUCAUACUUAUUCUGACCCUGCUGAUCACUUGGCAACAAUCGGAAUGGUAUAUAGUAACAUUCAAACCCAGUGCUGGAGAUAUAUGUGAAAUAACUACACUGAGGCUGGUAUCCACCUUCAAGUCACCCUUUAUUUACGCAUGAACUGUCUUUGACUUUGGUAGCUGCCUCUGACUGAUGCUGUGCUAGAGUGUCAGCAUCUCCAACACCCACCCUUUUCAUCUGUCAGCCAGGGAUCCCUCAUUUGGGCUGUAAAUCAGGCCCAAUCAGCAAACUCAUAUUCUAUGAAGUACAGCUGGCCAACCUGGUCACAACUACAGUACGAUGUCCACCAAAAAUCAAACACACUCGAAAAAGAAUCAACUACAUCCCUGGAGUAAUGAGGACAAAUUGGGAAGGGAAAGGGAGUCCCACAUUGUGGGUGGCCCAGAGCGUGGAACAGAUUCAAUGGGAGGGUGGCCAGUAAAGAAUGAGGGAGACUGGUUUAAUUGGCUGAAUGAAGCAGUACAUUUGUGAAAUGGUUUAAGAGUUUGAGUGCACACCAUGCUCAUUUUCCCCAAGCUUGAUCAUUAAUAUCUAUAAUUUCUAUCCCAUUUCCAAAUGUUCUCUCUCUCCAGUGCUGUGCUGAUGGAAUUUUUUGAACAGCAGAGAUCUCAUUUCUUUGCACAGUUGUAUUCACUGAAAUGAGUUGAAUGUAUAACUACACGUGAUUUUUUUCUGCUUCUGUUAUAUGCUAUAAAAUAAAGUUAAUCCAAUUAUUCAACAGCA